AUGCAUUAUGCUAAGGAUUGCAAAAUGAUUUAUAAGAAAAAAACAAAAUGGCUUAAAUCAACCAUUAUGUCUCUCAUUCCAAUUUUAUUCAACGAUGUGUUGGACGAUUUAACACGCCCAUCGAGUAUUUUCGAUCAAAAUUUCGGUCUUGGACUCUUGCAAGACGAUUUGAUCAAUCCUAGAGCUCUCAUGCGUAUGCCUUUGUCCAGAGGAUACCUUAGACCAUGGCGUCACGUACACGGACGCGACAGCGGAGUUUCCAACAUAACAAGCAACGAAAACGAAUUUAAAAUUAAUUUGGACGUACAACAAUUCCCACCGGAAUGUUUGAACGUUAAAGUCGUCGACAAUUCCGUCAUCGUCGAGGGUAAACACGAAGAACGUGCUGACGAACACGGUUACAUAUCACGUCAGUUCACUAGACGUUACGUACUUCCGGACAACGUGGAUCCUUCAACCGUCGUGUCCAAUUUGUCCUCUGAUGGAGUUUUAACCGUGGCAGCACCCAAAAAGAUCGCACCUGCUCCGGCAAACGAAAGAGUCGUACCCAUCGUACACACUCAACAACCGGCCAUCAAGAGCGGCAAACAAACAAAUCAAAAAGCUGGCGGAGACGCAGAAAAAAUGGAACAAUAA